AUGACUUCUCCACCGGAAGGGGCCAAACCUGCGCGCAUACCGAAGCUAAGCUCAUCGGUGCACGACAUCAACGCUGAGAAACCCCCCUUUGGAUCUAGAUUUCUUACGCAAGACUCUGAUGUCUGGGCUCAGAACGCUUGGGACCAUGUUCCGCCACCUGAAGAUCAAACUGAAACGAUAACUGCAUCAUUAGCGAGGCAGCGUCUUGUUCCAAUACCAGAUGAUGACAAGAAGAUUUACAAUGAAAAGCCUGCAAAACACUGGUUCUUCUUUUCGUCUGACUUCGCUUUAUUCACUCUAACACCUUCGAUUGACAGGGAUAAUUUUUACAAAACGAACGCCGAUAAUUUCUUCCGAAAUAGAAAAUGGUUACAUCUUGAAUUUCCGGAGUUGCUGGCAGCAGCAGAACCGAAUGCAGGGGAUAUAACCAUUUGCGAAAUAGGAUGCGGUGCCGGCAACGCAGCAUUUCCGCUUCUAACAGCGAACAAAAACCCAAAUCUUAUGAUCCGUGCUUACGAUUACUCAACACAUGCAGUCAAAUUAGUACAGACAAAUGCCCUCUAUAGCUCCCCGCCUGUUGGCAAGAUAGAGGCAGCUGUCUGGGACCUAUCCUCACUGGAAAAACUACCACAAGGAGUAGAGCCGGGGACUGUAGACAUUAUCGUCCUGGUGUUCGUGCUCAGCGCACUCCAUCCGGACGAAUGGGGUAAAGCGAUCGCUAACAUUCAUAAGAUUCUCAAGCCUGGCGGGCUUGUGUUGUUCCGCGAUUAUGGUAGACAUGAUCUCACUCAAUUGAGAUUCAAAUCUGGUCGUCUCCUAGAGGAUAAUUUUUACAUCAGGGGUGAUAAGACACGAGUUUAUUUCUUCGAGCUUGACGAGCUUGCGCUGAUCUUCACCGGAUCCCGCACCUCACCUGCUCAGAAAACAUCAACAAUGACAGAAGUUGUAGACGAAGAUGAAGACAACGAGGCAACAUCACUACCCGUACCAUCGCAAAUUGCCAGUCCCGCGUCACACACGCCGGCGGAAACCCCCAUCCCAGGAUCUGACGAUACCCUCGACCUGGCCUCUUCAGGUCCAUCCUUAUUCCCUUCCUCUGUCGUACACCCCAAUCUCCUUCAUCCUCUGACCCACUGUCCACCACACCCUCUCUUUACGAUUGAACAACUUGGUGUCGACCGCCGGCUCCUGGUCAAUCGGAAACGCCAGUUGAAAAUGUAUCGCAUCUGGAUGCAAGGAAAAUUUCGUAAAGCUGAGUGAUGCAGACGUGGCAUGAAUAAAGUGACGGAGCUUGGGUGGUUGACCGCGUAUGUAUUGACUAAUGACUUGCAAACGAAAAGGCUCCUUUCUUCUUGUCGGGUCACAUGAAGUACACGUCUGGUGGCCGAACAUCGGCCUACAGCAAUGAGAAUAUCAGGGCAGUCCGGUCCCCAAAUGUAGGGGGACAUUAAUUGCAAAAUGAUCUACGUUUUCGACUUUUUAGUGAUUGGAAUUAUCAGAUUAUGACAAGAUUCAUGAUGAUGGUGUGGGGCAACACGGCAGCAACACCAAUCAUGUUCCACCACUGCAGAUAAAUAGGUUCCAGCUGGCAAACACGUCGGUCUGGUUUGUCAGUGGUGACAAGAAGAACUAGUUUGAUUUCUCAUUCGACAUGCUAUUCCCAAUUGAACUGUCGACGGCUAUCAAUUCCGUGUCCCGAAACG